CACUUGGACUUGGGGAAUGGGGCCGCGUGGGCUUCCAGCCGGGAGAGAAGGUGCGGGGCGGAAAGGGGCAGGCGCCGGCCCCCAGGUGGGCACGAGCUCACCACUGAGGCUCAGUAAGGGGUGGGGGGAUCCCAGGAGGCGAUCUGUCCCUUCCACUCGCGCUAUCCCUGGGUGGGCAAAAGGGGCGAUAAGCUACGGUGGCGCGGGACGGGCUCCGCGGACCCCCGCCGCGCCGCACCUCUUCCUCUUUCUGGCCGAAGGCCGUGAGCCCCGGUUUCAAUCUUCCAGUCUAAAGCAAUAAGGCUUCCUACCUGCCCGGUACUAGCGCAGACGCGAAAGACGCGACCUCCCCCGAGACGGACUCCCAGAUAGUGGACUGCGCCGCCCGUGCCGCCCCCUCGCGACGCCGUGCAGCCCCGGGGGUAGCGUGGCGAGCCUGACGUGCGCCUCGGCGCACAGCGGGUUAACAGGAGUCGGCUCUGAGUGGGGAGGCGGGGGCGCGCCCCCAUUGGUGGAAAGUUACCGGGGGCGUGGCCUGCGAGUCUCGGCGCCCCACCCCCAGUUCCGCACCCCCCCCACCCCCCCACCUCCACUUUGUACCUUUCUCGCCGCGGCAGCGAAGCGGGCCGGGACCGGCCGGACCAGACCAGAGCGGACCCCGGGGGCGAUGCGGCUGCUGCCCCUGCUGCGGACUGUCCUCUGGGCCGCGCUCCUCAGCUCCCCGCUGCGAGGGGGCUCCGGCCUCCGCCACGCCGUCUACUGGAACUCCAGUAACCCCAGGCUUCUUGGAGGAGACGCCGUGGUGGAGCUGGACCUCAACGAUUACCUAGACAUCUUCUGCCCGCACUACGAGGGGCCAGGGCCCCCUGACGGCCCCGAGACCUUCGCUUUAUACAUGGUGGACCGCCCAGGCUAUGAGGCCUGCCAGGCCCAGGGCCCUGGCGCCUUCAAGCGCUGGGAGUGCGCCCUCCCCUUCGCUCCCUUUGGCCCCGUUCGGUUCUCUGAGAAGAUUCAGCGCUUUACACCCUUCUCCCUUGGCUUCGAGUUCCUGCCCGGAGAAACCUACUAUUACGUCUCGGUUCCGGCUCCAGACAGUUCUGGCAAGUGCUUGAGGCUCCAGGUGUCCGUCUGCUGCAGGGAGAGCAAGUCGGAGUCCGCCCACCCUGUCGGAAGCCCUGGAGAGAGCGGCACCUCAGGGUGGCAAGGAGGAGGCGCUCUCAGCCCCCUCUGUCUCUUGCUGCUGUUGCUGCUUCCGAUUCUGCGUCUCCUGCGAGUUCUCUGAGCCAAGCAGACCCCUCCUGCUACACCCCUGCCGCUGGAGCAUCACACCAGCCAGACCAAUGGAAGAGUGAUAGGGAGGUCGGAGGGUCUGUGGUGACCCUUCCAGGGGCUGGCCCCUUCCCAGAGGCUGAAGAGUUGCCGCAGGGGUGCUGCACACGGCCCCAGGUGCCCUGGAGCCCAGGCAGGACAAAUGCGGGGUCUCUGUCAGCUGCUUUGACAUUCUCAUCCUGUCCCCCCAGAAAGACUGGGAUUUGGUGGGGCUGAAUCCUUGAGUCUUUUGGGGCCAAGACCGAAGACCUGGGGACAGGUGGAUUGCCAGACCAGGGCAAGGAGGAGGUCCUGGCCAUCCCGCCUGUCGUCUGUGCCCAGCACCCUGGGGGCCUCUUCCCUGGGGCAGCGUUCUCCCCUCCCCAGGUGGUCACUCACUUGUCUUCUAUGAAGACGGACUUGCUAUGAGGUUGAAUAUCAUGCCAGUUUGUAUUUUUAUAAGUGUCUGGACCGAACCCUCAAUAAACCACCCGACUUUCGGUUGCUGUCA